ACUCGAGUUUUCUCCCUUUUAAUCACAUGAGCCGUUUCCGUCAAUAUUAUCAUAUGAGGAAAAACGUCAAUAUCUGAAAGAAUAAUUCCAAAAUAUGGAGGCGAAACCGUCAAGUAAACAGACAGGGAUGUCCCUGUUUCCUGUUUACGCUAUUACACUGUUAUUGGGGAUAACUGCUAUCAUCAUUAUAGUUAUGUAUUAUAUGUUAACCGGAAGAGGAACACGUUUUGAUAUUGGAUGGUUUUUGUCAGAGACUUCACCAUAUAUGUGGGGCUCCAUAGGUGUUGGUUUAUGUAUAUCUCUGUCAGUUGUAGGAGCUGCAUGGGGAAUAUUUACUACUGGGUCUAGCAUUUUAGGAGGAGGAGUAAAAGCUCCAAGGAUCAAAACAAAGAAUUUAAUAAGCAUUAUUUUCUGUGAAGCUGUAGCUAUUUAUGGAAUUAUUUUAGCUAUAGUUAUUGGAAAUAAACUUGGGAAAUAUGACCCUCUGGAAUCCAAUCUAGAUGUGAUUAGGGACAGUCAUUAUGCAGGUUUUCAGAUCUUUGCAGCUGGUAUUAAUGUAGGUAUAUGUAACCUUGCCUGUGGAUUGUGCGUGGGUAUUGUAGGAUCUGGUGCAGCAUUAGCAGAUGCUCAGAACUCAGCUCUCUUUGUUAAAAUUCUAAUCAUUGAAAUCUUUGGAAGUGCUAUUGGUCUUUUUGGAAUUAUUGUUGCCAUUUUACAGAUCUCUAGUGCUAAAAUGGGAACUGCAUAAACAAAACAUAGUUAGUCAUAGAUACUGUAUAGAGUCCCAGGAUAUGUAUUCAGAAUUAUGUCUAGUGUAGUUACUUGUGAAUUUAACUUGAACGUGGAUGCUUUAGAUCUAUUACUGUUGUCUCAAAAUGUAUGGAGUUUACAUAGUUAAAUUUAUUAGUUGUACAAAAUCAUAACAAGUUUAAUAAGAUCCCUGCUUGGAAAUAUUAAAAGUCAUGUGAUUACACAAAAACAAAAUUGUCAUGAAAAUAUGAACUAUUAUUAAAGGUUCAAGAUUUGAAAUAUUUAAGGGUAAUUGUAUUGGUUAGAAAAAGUUCUACUUUUUUGUUUAUUAUUUAUAAAUGCAUUUAAUAUAAAGCAAAAGCCGAAAUUUAUCAAAAUAAUGUAAAGAUUUACCGGUAAUUCAUUUAAGUUAGAAAUAUAACUUCUCCAUGCUAGUUGAUGUGAGAAAACUGUUAGCCAAAAAUAAAACUGAACCAGUUUUAUGGAAAGAAUUUGUUCAUGACAUUUUGUGUCUAUAUAAUGUAUUAUUGUGAUAUAUAUAAAAAUGUUUUGUAUUGAAACACAUUCCUUAUACAUGUACAUAAAAUUAUACAUACAACCACUUGUUAGAAUUAGUAAAAGAAAACAGAAUUUUAAAAUCAUUCUUUUUUACUUUUACAAAUUGUGACUUGGAUGUGGAGUUGUCUCAUUGACACUCAUACCACAUCUUCUUACAUCUUUGGAAUUGAUUUUUUUAAUUUUGAUUUUAAUUAAUUUUAUAAUCUGUAUUCAAAUUUCAUAUUUGACAUUUUCUGAAUAAAAAAAAACCUAACAGUAGAAAAAACAGAAUUCAAUUCAAUUCAAUUUCUUUUACCACUUGUGAUUAACAGACCAUAGAUGUUGUUUUCAAAACUGUUUUCCAUACAGUAUGAAUAGCCAAUAUGAAUAAAAAAUAAGUGUUGAGUCUGUGGAUAAUGGAUUGAUUGUAAUAAUAAUGUUACAGUCAUAAUAAAUCUUUAUAUGUUA